AUGGCGAAUCAAGUCGCAGACGAUGGACGCUGCGUCUUCGUCGCAGGCAUUCCCAAACAUGCAGAGUGGCAAGAGCUGCAGGACUACAUGAGGACUGCAGGUGAGAUCGAGUACUGCGACGUGCUGUACAAUGAUUGGGGGCAGUCACGAGGACUCGGCUUCGUGCGCUUCAGGACUCAAGCAGAAGCCCUUCAAGCCAUUACCAGCCUCGACAACAGCUCAAUGGAAGGCAAGACAGUGCAUGUGUCUGCGUGGACUGGCCGGCCACCGAACCCCAACAGCCACGGAAAGAUGAUGCACCAGAUGUUGGCUUGGUAUGGACGUACCCAGAAGAAGCUGAAGCUUGACCCCGAGAAGGCCGCCUUGGUAGAUCGAAUCAAGAGCUUCCAAAAGUCUGGCCAGGAGAAGAACGAGACCUGGUAUGCCUUCUGUGGCGAAGUGAAGGAUCCGGCCCGGCAUGAUGCAGAGAAGCUCAAGGAGUUCAUUGCCGUGGCUGCGGUGCCAUGA